AUGGCGGAUGGUGAGACAAACACAACAGUGGCAGAAUACCAAGAACUUCAGAAAUUACUGGAAAAGAAAAAACUGGAAUUAAUGAAGAAAGCUGAUAAUAAAGAUAAUCGUCAAGUAGAUUAUGUUGGAGAUAAUAAAGUAGAAGAGAUAUUAGGUCCACGAUUUUUUAAAGACAACAGUCAGAAAUCUAAUAAACGUACUGAAUAUGCUGAUUCCACAGCCUCUAGCUCAACGAUACGACAAACUUCAAGCACCACAAGAAAACAACGUAAAAACAAGUCGUAUUUUCCUGUCACGGCUCAGGCAGAGAAUCGUGGGAAAUCUAACACCCACUAUGACUUGAUCAAUCUAACUAGAAUAGUCUGUGAGAAUAAAGAUCAUGAAAGCCUGGAUGAUAGUGACUUUGUUAAUGAAGGUAACAAAACACGUGAAAGUGAAAAGAAUAAGACAGAAGUUCAUUCUACGGAUACGAAUAAUUUCGGUCUCUACACCAAUAGACGGGCAGCAUUCAGAUGUCUGAAACGCGAAGUGAACUUGCCUGAUAAGCAAUUAUAUUCAUCAGUGGACUUACCUGGUGUCGUGAAUAUACAACAGAAUCCCUGUAUAUUCAAUGUUUACUUACAGUUGUAUUAUUUGUAG